UUGUCUAGCAACAGGAGUGUUUAAGAAGCCAGCAAAGAUGGAGAAGUACGAGAAGAUUAAAGUGGUCGGCAGAGGAGCUUUCGGGAUAGUGCAUCUUUGUCGGAGACGCACUGAUGGUGCGCUGGUGAUCUUGAAGGAAAUCCCAGUAGAGCAGAUGACGCGUGAUGAACGUCUUGCAGCUCAGAAUGAAUGCCAAGUCCUCAAGUUACUGAACCACCCUAACAUAAUUGAGUAUUAUGAAAACUUCCUUGAGGACAAGGCACUCAUGAUUGCAAUGGAAUAUGCACCAGGUGGAACCCUGGCAGAUUACAUACAGAAACGCUGCAACUCUCUAUUAGAUGAGGAUACCAUAUUACACUUCUUCGUACAGAUCUUACUGGCCCUUUAUCACGUUCACAAUAAACUCAUCUUACAUCGGGACCUCAAAACCCAGAACAUUCUCCUUGACAAGCACCAGAUGAUAGUAAAAAUAGGUGACUUUGGAAUCUCAAAAAUUCUUGUCAGCAAGAGCAAAGCUUACACCGUUGUGGGGACACCAUGUUAUAUCUCCCCAGAACUGUGUGAAGGAAAGCCAUACAACCAGAAGAGCGAUAUUUGGGCCCUAGGCUGUGUACUUUACGAGCUUGCUAGUCUCAAGAGAGCUUUUGAGGCUGCAAACCUGCCAGCCUUGGUGCUGAAGAUCAUGAGUGGCACCUUUGCCCCCAUCUCAGAUCGUUACAGCCCAGAGUUGAGGCAGCUAAUCCUUAACAUGCUGAAUCUGGAUCCAUCCAAACGACCCCAACUCAAUGAGAUAAUGGCCCAUCCCAUCUGCAUCAGACCACUGCUCAAUCUCUACACUGACAUAGGCAACGUCAAAAUGCGCAGAAUUGAAAAGCCACUAUCUACUGUACAGGCAGGCCCUCAUGGGAGACCUGGUGGAUGGGUAACCAGUACCAGAAGCAGGGGUGGGCUGUCCAGUCUAACUUCAACAAAGAUGAUGCACCCAUUGCCUUUAUCUUCUGUUUACACCUGGGGCAGUGGCAUUUCCACUCCUCUGCGUCUACCCAUGUUAAACACAGCGGUUAUCCAGGUGUCCUUGGGCCGCACCCAGAGGAUGGGUGUCACCAAAUCUGGGAGGCUCAUAACUUGGGAGGCCCCUUCGGUUGGAUCUGGUGAGCCCACGUUGCCUGGUUCUGUUGAGCAGAUGCAGCCCCAGUUCAUCUCACGCUUCCUUGAGGGACAGUCUGGUGUCACGAUAAAAUCUGUCUCAUGUGGUGACCUCUUUACCACCUGCUUGACAGACAGGGGUAUAAUCAUGACGUUUGGAAGCGGAAGCAAUGGUUGCCUUGGACAUGGCAAUUUCAAUGAUGUGACACAGCCCAAGAUAGUGGAGGCUCUCCUGGGUUACGAGUUAGUUCAAGUGUCUUGUGGAGCAUCUCAUGUACUGGCAGUCACCAAUGAGCGAGAGGUCUUCUCCUGGGGGAGAGGAGACAGUGGUCGGCUAGGUUUAAGCACUCAAGACAGCCAUAACUCCCCACAGCAGGUGAGUUUGCCGGCUGAUUUUGAAGCCCAGCGUGUGCUGUGUGGGGUGGACUGUUCCAUGAUUACAAGCAUACAGCACCAGAUUCUGGCCUGUGGGAACAACAGAUUUAAUAAACUGGGCUUGGACAAGGUCUCUUUCACAGAGGAGCCCCCGUCCCACUGUCAGGUGGAGGAGACCCACACGUUCCAGCCCGUCCAGUCAGCUCCUCUAAAUGUUGAGAAGAUUGUUUAUAUAGACAUCGGAACAGCACACUCUGUCGCAGUCACAGAGAAAGGUCAGUGUUUCACCUUCGGCAGUAACCAGCAUGGGCAGCUGGGAUGCAGUUCCCGCAGAACCAGUCGAGUGCCCUAUCAAGUCCCAGGACUGCAGGGGAUCACCAUGGCUGCAUGUGGGGAUGCGUUCACGCUGGCUAUUGGAGCAGCAUCGUUACAGAAAUACCUGACAGAACUAUGAAACCAGCAAUCCAGCUCCUCCGCCAACGUCAGGGGAAUCGUCCCCUGGAGGAUUACGUGGAGGACUUUUGCGCUCUGGCCUGCCAGGUGGACUUUAAUGAGGUUGCCCUCAAAGACUGUUUUCAAUUUGGACUGAAUGAGCCCAUCUCUUUUCUUAUGCCAUGCGGUCAGAGCACCCACAGCCUGGCUCAAUAUAUCGACUUCGCCCUGCAGAUUAUUGGUUCCAAGUUCACUGUGGGGGAGGCGGAUGCCGAGCCAGGGUUCCACGACAUGGCCGCCGAGCCAGGGUUCCACGACAUGGCCGCCGAGCCAGGGUUCCACGACAUGGCCGCCGAGCCAGGGUUCCACGACAUGGCCGCCGAGCCAGGGUUCCACGACAUGGCCGCCGAGCCUGCUCCAUGCCACGUCACAGCCACGCCUGAGCCUGCUCCAUGCCACGUCACAGCCACGCCUCAGCUGCUCCAUGCCACGUCACAGCCUGCUCCAUGCCACGUCACAGCCACGCCUGAGCCUGCUCCAUGCCAUGUCACAGCCACGCCUGAGUCUGUUCCAUGCCAAGUCAUGGCCAAAUCUGAGCAGUUGGACCUGGAGAUGGUUCCCGCCCUUGUACCCACCCUUAGUUCUCCUGAGCAGGCAAGGGGAACUUUCAACCCUCCGACCCCACCUGGAUCUCCGAGUCCUGGACAUCAUCGUCUUCAUCAUUGUCUUUGCCAGCAUUGUUACAGAAAUACCUGACCGAACUAUGAAACCAGCAAUCCAGGUCCCCCGCCAAUGUCAGGGGAAUUGUCCCCCGGAGGAUUACGUGGAGGACUUUUGCGCUCUUUUCUGCCAGAUGGACUUUAAUGAGGUUGCCCUCAAAGGUUGUUUUUGAUUUGGACUGAAUGAGCCCAUCUCUUUUCUGAUGCCAGGCGGUCAGAGCACCCACAGCCUGGCUCAACAUAUCGACCUCGCCCUGCAGAUUAUUGGUUCCAAGUUCACUGUGGGGGAGGCGGAUGCCAAGCCAGGGUUCCACGACAUGGCCGCCGAGCCAGUGUUCCACGACAUGUCACAGCAAUGCCUCAGCCUGCUCCAUGCCAUGUCACAGCAACGCCUCGGCAGUUUAUGUUCAUGUUUAUAGUUAGGGUUUAUUGGUUCUCACUUUAUGUAAAUUAAAUUUCACUUGGGUUCUUCUAUUCAUCGUCAUCAUCUUCAUCAUUGUCUUUGCCAGCAUCGUUACAGCAGUUCAUUGUAUUUCAUGUUUGAUUUAAAGGACAUUUUUGUUCCUUUUUGUAUGAUAUAAUUUUUGGUACUGCGUUGGGUCACUAAAAUCUUUGUUGUGAAGCAAAACUGAACUAAAACAGUUCAAAAUAAUGGUAAUCCAAACCGGAUUCAUUUUUAUACAUAUAUAUACAGUGUAUAUAUGUUUUUUUUUUUUAAAUCAGUAGAAUUAGGGCAUGCAAUACUUUCUUUCGACAUUAUAUCAUAGACAAGGCUGCUGUCACGGCAGUAAUAUCAUCAGUCACAGAAUGUUUUAUGGGGGCAGGUAGGUUAAUUAAUGUGACAUGUGGGUAAAGGUCAGCGUGUAACCCCGACUGUGUCCUACAGGCUUAGAGGACUCUGAAGACCUUUAUUGUUUCAUGUUGUCUUUGUUCAUUCAUGAUUCUCACAGGAUCUGACAUGCAGAGAAACAGAAAGACAAAGAUGUCAUUCAGUCUUGUUCAAUGUAUACGGUGCUCAGACUUGUAAGUAAAUUGUCUGUUCCCUCAUUUUGUAGAGGGGGAGGUGUACACCUGGGGUAAAGGGGCACGUGGUCGACUUGGAAGGAAAGAAGAGGACUCUGGGAUACCAAAAGCAGUGCAACUCGACGAGAGCCACCCGUUCACUGUCACAUCAGUGGCCUGUUGCCAUGG